ACCGCCACAGUGUGCGGAUUGGGGCGAAUUCUCGGCUACAUCGGCGGAAGACCGUCGGUGGGGGCCACAAUGUCGCAGUCUGGUUCUGGAGAGCCAAACGGUAACCAAGGCGAGAGUCCUGGCCAACUAGAUACAAAUCACCAGCAGUCUGAUGUGCCAAAUAAAAAUGGUAUUGCAACUAAAGAAUCUAAACCGGACAUGUCCAAUGGCUUUGAAAAUCGAACGGUGGAUUAUGAGCGUUUGGCACAGGAAAGAAAUCAAACCACUCAGUCAUCAAUAUUACGACCUCAACAACAAUAUCCUCCUCAUACUACAGAAUCUUCAACGAUGGAUUAUACGAUUCCGCAAACUGGCAUCUACCCUACUUCCGUCAGAGCUCAGACAACAAUGGGUCAGCCGGAGGAUCGACAUCCACUCGCUGGACAACUUCCUGUACAACAAUAUCCACCGGAGAAAGCUCAAUUGGACCGCAUUACUCAUGUAUCGCAAACGGCUACGCAGACGGUUCCUGUUCAAACACAGCCGCACUUUGCUCCAGAUUUUGUACCCGAUCAGAAUCAGUUUCCGCAGAUUCGUGGUCAAUUUGAGGUCAGAUCGCAGAUGUACUCGCAGCAGGCAGGUCAGUAUGGCGAUCGUGUUGGCUACGUGACAAGAGACGUCACGUACAGAGAUUCAGCUCUUUAUGCACACGCUCCAAGCGCUAGUAAUGCAGUAUUCACCGGAGCAAGUGGAGGAUAUGUUACAGUUCAACAUGGAUCGCAGUUGCCAUCUCAAUCAGCAAGUCCACAGCCUCCUCCUUUUUAUCCGGGGGUUAUCAUGACCGCCCAGCCAUCUGUCUCGCAGAGUUAUGGACAAUUUGCAGGACAGCCUCAGUACCAUUACAGUCAAUAUCCACAGACUUUAAUAAACCCCAUUCCAUAUAAUCCUCAUGCUCCUAUAUAUCCUGGUCAACAGUAUAAUCAACAAACCUCUCCUAAUCCGCAAAGGUAUUCACAGGAAGUAUCUCAGUAUCCCGGUCAGCCUAUCAUUCAACCAAUCGCGCAAAAUGUAAUUACAUCCACAGACCGGCCAGGCAGUGGGCGUGGUCCUAAGCCUAUAGUUCCACCAAGAAUCAAUUCAAAAAUCACAUCGGACGCUGGAUUAACUAGAAAAACAAUUACUGUUGAUAUUCUGGGCUCUAAGCCAGCGGUUUUACCUCCUAAAUAUGAAGCUACCAAUCAAACUGUUCCAACUUCGCAAGAAGCAGCUAUUAUUGUUUCAACAGUUCCUGUCUCUGUCUCUGACAAUAGGUCCUUUCUUGCUCCUUUAAAUCAAACUCCUCGUACUCGUCAAGACGGUCUCUAUGUUGAUUCAAAUAACGAUCAGUCAACUAGAGAUAAAAUUGUCGAUACGAUGGCAAGUGAAUGUGCAUUGUAUGUUUCUCGAUCUGAACAACGUAAGUCUAUAUCAGUGGACGCGACUACUAGUGUACAAAGGCGAAAUGAUACUAUUACUUUUACGUUUCCUGGAGAUACUUCGGAUGUGUCAAUAACAGCACGUAAGCCACCAGCUGUUGAUAAAAAGUGGAUAGAAAAUACUACUCAAGUGUUCCCUAAUGAUCAAAGAAGAAUCGAACCAGCGCUUCGAGUAUCCUCUAUGACGUUCGAUUCACGACAAGAAAUAAAAAAAAAUGUUGCACCUGAGGUUGUUGGUAAUAGGAAACCUGAAUGGGGUAAUACAAGUCCUAAUCAACGUUCAACAGUAGCCCAAGAAAAUAGACGAUCAGAUUAUUUUGAAGAACAUCGACGAUCACCAAUGCCAAUGGAUCAAAAACGUGUUGAUGAAGUCAGACGAUCUCCCAUGCCUUUUUUGCCUAUUAGAGAUUCAUCUGCUGAUCGAGCAGCACAAAAAAGUCCAUCAUUUGCUAAUCAAAAUUUUGAAAAAACAAGACAAGAAUUGGUUAUUUGGGCAGAACAAAGACAACGUCAAGAUAUAGAGAGAAUUCAUCAAGGUCAAGUAUUUACUGCUAGUCCCAGGUCACGAAAUCCAUCUGAAGAACGUCGAGAGUCGAGAGUCAUGUUACCAGUUGAAGAGCAACGUGCUAAAGUCCCUCAAGUUGCUUUCCAACCAAUACCCAACAUCAGUCAAAGUACAAUAAUGGAACAACGACGACAUUUGCGUCAUGUUAGUGCUGAUUUAACCAAACACAUGGAAUUGACUCGUAAGGAUUUUGAAGAUCAACCAGUGACUGGGUCGGUUGCUAAUCUUGUACCUACAAUAAAUACUACUUCUUCUCAACGUGCUAGUCCAAAUCUCUGCCAUCAGUUUCCAGCGAUGAGUGAAGCUAAACUUGACACUAAGACUCUGCUGACUGUUGUAACAGAUUUUGGCGAAAAUCCAGUUAAACCACUAGAACAGUCGGAUCACAUUAUACAUAGUCAUAAGAAAAGUCAUGUGUCGACAAACUUGCUUACUCACAGUAAAAGUCAAGUGGAAAAUCUUCAAAGUGUUCAAGCAGAAAAAAAUGAAUCAACUUUAAGUCAACAACAACAGCAAAUACAUAAUCAGCAGAGUCUUGAUAUAAUUGCAGAAAAGCUAAGUCAAUUCGAACGUCAGCAGAGUGAUUUGCAAGCAAGACUUCAAUGUUUACAGAAUCAAAAUCAUCUCUUAGACCAAGUUGCUCAAUUCCAACACCAACAAGCAGAUCUGCAAAGUCGUUUGCAGUGUCUUCAGGAUCGACAAGCCUCUGAAAAGUCAUUAAGACAAACCAUAGAAUUACAACAAAAAAGUGUGCUGGGUGAUAUUCAUCUUUUGCAAUUGAACAAUCUCACUGAUCAAGUCCCUGAUUCAUCAAUAGACAAGCAAACUGAUCAUCAGCAUUCACAUCGGAAUCCUAAUAAUGCUUAUCUAUCAACCAUAAACUUUCCUAGUCAAAUGUGCCAAUCAUUGACAUCUGAGAGAUUAUCACCACGAGUGCAGUUUGAGACUCCUGAUAUUGAGAGAACUUCGCAAAUUUCAUUAUCGAGUAACUCACAUUUCGAAAGGAACGACUCAGCACGAGGGUCUUUACAAUAUCGAUUAUUAUGCCCGGCAGAUGUGUCUGAGAAUGUGAUUGCUGCUAAUUCAUCUACAUCCACUAUUCCCUCUAGUUCAUCCUCGACUGCUGGAAUCACGUUUUCCGGUACUUUGAAAAAAGUGCCUCCAGAAAAACCACCACGAACGUCACUCAUCGUCCAGUCACCUGAAUCAGAGAGUAACCGUAGCCAGCCAGCCAUUGGACUCAAGCAAACACCUAAGGCGAGGCCGACUAUAUUUGGAACCGUGGCGUCCGAUCUCAACCCAAAAGAGGGCAACAGUCGAAGGAGCUUACCACAAACUCCAGCCGGAGGCAUUGGGGGAAAGGGAUGUGGCGCCGGCAUUGGUCCUGGCAUGGUCAACGGUGCUGCCGUCGACCACCAGGACAUUCGAGACGGCAUCGCCAUAAACACAGAACACGCGUUGGUUUACCGCGAUGGUAACCUCGUGUCUGGAUCCCUGGAGGCGUUGGUACAGCACAUGGUACCUACCGAGGAUUAUUAUCCUGAUCGAGCAUAUCUCUUCGCUUUUUUGCUGAGCGCAAGACUCUUCAUCAAACCCCACGAGCUUCUUGGGGAAGUUUGUGCUCUGUGUGAGCAUCAGCAAAACCUCAAUGGCGAGGGCGGCAAAGAACGGCUCCAGAGAUUCGUUCCAAGACUUCUUCAACUUCUGGCCGAAUGGACAGAGACAUUCCCUUAUGACUUUCGGGAUGAACGAGUGAUGGCUCAUGUCAAGUCUAUCACCCAAAAAGUGGCCGCUUUGGACGAUGCUGCACGACAAGAAGUCUCAGCUCUUCUCCAGAAUUUAUUACUACGUCUAACGGCUCUUGAAAGAUAUGAAGAAGGACUUGCUAGACUAGCCACUGAAGCUACCACAGAGCAACUCACUCAGGUUGACGUAACUGAACUGUGUCCUUCGGCAACUGUGUUAGCACAACAAUUGACCCAUGUCGAACUGGAGAGACUCUCAUACAUAGGGCCUGAGGAGUUUGUACAAGCAUUUGCUAAGGAAUCACCUCAUCUAGAAACCUCCUUCAAGGACAUGAAAAAAACCAGAAAUCUUGAGUCUUACGUUCAGUGGUUCAAUAGACUUAGCUAUUUCGUUGCUACAGAAGUGUGUAAACACGCUAAGAAAAAGCAACGAGUUCGAGUAGUGGAGUAUUGGAUUGAAACUGCAAGGGAAUGCUUCAACAUAGGCAACUUCAAUUCCUUAAUGGCAAUUAUAGCUGGACUAAACAUGUCUCCUAUUUCACGCCUUAAAAAAACUUGGUCAAAGGUCCAGUCUGCAAAGUUUUCAAUUCUCGAGCAUCAAAUGGAUCCAAGUAGUAACUUCAGCAGUUAUCGUAGCACACUAAAGGCAGCAAUGUGGCGAAGUGCUGGAGCAACUGAUGAAAGACAAAGAAUCGUUGUACCUUUCUUCAGUCUUCUCGUCAAGGAUCUAUAUUUUCUUAAUGAAGGCUGCAGUAAUAAGCUUCCAAAUGGUCACAUCAACUUUGAGAAGUUUUGGCAGCUUGCCAAGCAGGUAACUGAGUUCAUAGCUUGGAAGCAGGUGGCCUGUCCUUUUGAAAAAAGCCCACGGGUCAUAGCAUUUCUACAAGCCAGUCCAGUACUAUCAGAAAAUGCACUUGCUUUGGCUUCGUUUGAGUGUGAACCACCUGACAACAAUCAAGAGAAAGAACGUUAUAAAGCAUUAAAAUCUGAACUGAACGCUCAGUGAAAUCAAGUUACAUAUGAAGAGUGGAAGAGAUACUGAAAUAGAUAUAAAUAUUAAUAUAUUCAUAAAGAUGAAAAAUAUAAUCAUAAAAGCAAGAAGAUAAUCAUUAAAGAGAAUUAACGGAAGAAUUAAGACAGGCUGAUCAAAGAAAAGUCGAAGCCAAAUUGAAUAAGUUCAAUUCAAACAGAGUUGCUCCUUCAAACAAUUGUUGGAACAAUUUUUAAGCAGUAUCAGUUAGUAUUAAGUGUUAUUAUUAAGUCUACGUUUAUCUGCAAGACGGAAUCUCAAAGUUAGUCAAAUUCAUAAUGGAAAAUGAAUCAUUUCCAACUCCAUAUUAUAAAGACAUUGAUUUAAUAUUCGAUUCUAAUUUUGAGAUCCUAUCAGACAGAAAAUUUUUGUACAUAAAUCUUUUGAUAUAACGUUUGUCGUUUAUUAUAAUAGAAUGUAGAGAAAUCAGUGGAUUGGUUGGCUAAGUUCAACGAAAUUUCAUAUAUCCACUUUAAUUAUUUCAAGUGUUGAACUACAAAGACAAAACUUUCUUGCUGAUAAAGUAUUAAUUAGUAUUACGAAGAAUAAGCAAGUUCCUCUUAAGAGAAUAAAAGGAAAAACAAAACAGAAAAUUGAGUAUAACGAAAUUAAACGAUGUCACGAAUACAAAAUAAUCCCAGUGAUUUAUUGAUAAAUAACGUUCAAGUUUACUAACUUCUCUAAGAGAAGUUUAUUCAUCGAAAUCAACUUUUUAACAUAUUAUAGGGACCAAGAGAUCUCUUCUCCUGGGCUUAGAAUACGCACGGUUCAGUCAAAAACAUAUAAUGAACUCUAUAAAAAUAUCAAAAUUCUUUGAAAACUUUUUAAUAACUGAUGAAUAAAGAAUUUUUUUACAUUGAAAAAAUAUACUCGAGUUAAUAUAAAUUUUUAUUACAAUUUUCCAA